CAAAGUCGCAAGCCUCGGCACACGACAGCUGACGCGCCCCGCCGCCGAAGCCCAUUCUUACCCUCGAAUAACUUGGUUGACCUGUUAAUUUUUGCGAUAAAGCGGCCGCUUGAGAACCGCGGGGAGACAUUUCUGUUUUAUUUGUCACCAGCCGUUUUUGUGAUCGCCAGGAGUGUGCAACAUGCCGUUCACGUACAGCGCCGCCCAAACGCCCUUGUACAAGGUGCAGAAACCCCCUUACACGAUCGAGUCGCCCGGCUACCAGCCCGUCGAUGGCGAGACCAUUCCGCGCCGCCACCCUAAGGCCAAAGACGGCCUGGUCGAGCGCCCAGCCCCGGGGGUCAACACCACCUUCGACCUGUUGAAGCGUGGUGUCGAGCACUACGGUAACGAGCCGGCCAUUGGCAGCCGCAAGCUGAUCAAGAUCCAUAAGGAGAAGAAGAAGGUCCCCAAGAUCGUCGACGGCCAGACUACCGAGGUCGAGAAGGAGUGGACCUACUACGAGCUCUCCGACUACACCUACAUCACCUACAAGGAGUACUUUGCUCAGAUCUUGCAGGUUGGAGCCGGGCUGAGGAAGCUGGGGCUGUCGCCAAAGGAUCGGCUGCACAUGUUUGCGACCACAAGCCCACAAUGGCUAGCCAUAUCGCACGCCUGUUCCUCACAGUCCAUGACCAUUGUGACCGCCUAUGACACACUCGGCGAGAGCGGCGUUGAGCAUUCGCUCGUCCAGAGCAAAGCAAAUGCCAUGUUUGUGGACUCGCACCUGUUCAAGACGGUCAGGAACCCGCUCAAGAAGGCCGAUUCUGUCAAGGUGCUUAUCUACAAUGAGCACACCAACAUGCCCGUUUCCGACGCCGAGAUCGAGCAGUUCAAGUCGGACCACCUCGGCCUCACAAUCCUGUCCUUUGACGAGUUGCGGGCGUUGGGCGAGGAGAACCCGACCGACCCGGUCCUGCCAAGCCCCGAAGAGACCUACUGCAUCAUGUACACCUCCGGCAGCACCGGCCCGCCCAAGGGCGUCCCUGUGUCCCAUGCCGGCUUCGUAGCUGCCGUGGCCGGUCUCUACACGGUCAUGGAGGAGUCUGUCACCCACCGCGAGAAAGUGCUGGCCUACCUCCCUCUCGCACACAUCCUCGAGCUUGUCGUCGAGAACCUCGUCAUCUUCGCCGGCGCCACCCUCGGCUACGGCUCGCCUCGCACACUCGCCGACGCCAGUAUGCGCAACUGCUAUGGCGAUAUGCGCACCUUCGCGCCUACCGUCAUGGUCGGCGUCCCCCAGAUCUGGGAAACCGUCAAGAAGGGCAUCGAGAGCAAGGUCAACUCCUCGGGCGCGCUGACGCGCACCGUCUUUUACGCCGCCCUCGCCGUCAAGUCCUUCCUUGUCCGCAACAACCUCCCCGGUACCGCCCUCCUCGACCGCACCGUCUUCGCCCCCAUCCGUGCCGUCACCGGCGGCCGCCUGCGCUUCAUCGUCAACGGCGCCAGCGGCAUCGCUGCCCCAGCCCUCCACUUCAUGUCCAUGGUGGUCGCCCCGAUGAUCAGCGGCUACGGCCUGACCGAGACCUGCGGCAACGGCGCCCUGGGCUGCCCGCUCCAGUGGACGCCCGGCACCACCAUCGGCCCGGUCCCCGGCGCGGUCGAGAUCAAGCUGGUGUCGCUGCCCGAGCUCGGCUACUCGACCGCGAGCACCCCGCCCCAGGGUGAGAUCCUCAUCCGCGGGCCGCCCGUCGUCCGCGAGUACUUUGAGAACCCGGACGAGACGGCCAAGGCGCUGACGGCCGACGGCUGGUUCCGGACUGGUGAUAUCGGCGAGUUCGACUCUGACGGCCACCUCGCCGUCAUCGACCGUGUCAAGAACCUCGUCAAGCUGCAGAACGGCGAGUACAUUGCGCUCGAGAAGCUCGAGGCCGUCUACCGGGGCGCCCCCUACGUUCACAACCUCAUGGUUCACGGCGACGCCACCUCCCUGCGCCCCAUCGCCCUGGUCCUCGCCGACGAGAAGGCCCUGAAACGCAAGGCUGCGGAGCUCGGCGUCCCCGAGGACCACAUGUACCGCGACGCCAAGGUCAGGGCCGCCGUUUUGAAGUCGCUGCAGGAGGUGGCCAGGAAAGAAGGGCUGAGCGCGAUGGAGACCGUCGCCGGGGUGGUGCUUGCGAACGAGGAAUGGACGCCGGCGAAUGGCUUGGUGACGGCGACGCAAAAGCUUAAUCGCAAGGCAAUCAUGGAAAAAUACAGCAAGGAGAUCAAGGCUUGCUUGGGGGGGAACUAGGGUUUGUAUAGCAUGCUUUGGACGGUCUGUACAUUAUUCAAUUGGCCUUUCUUUUCCGAGAAUGCGCGGUUUGACGGCGAUGAGGCGCGUUUGGACAUCUUGGGAACCUCUUCUAGUUCAUUCUGCACUGUCAUAUGAGUGGGAAAAGUCGAGCACUUGAGCUUUCCGACAUGGAAAUGACGGCAUGAUGGCAUGACGGGAAUUAGGUAUGCAUUUAUUUGGUAUCUUGAAUGACGUUCAAACUCACACGAGCAUUGCCUCAGGCGCCUUGCUAUCCCUCCCCUCCGAAAAAAAAAAAAAAAAAAUGACCACAGGUAAUCAAUCGCUU